CACAGAAGAGAGGUUUUUUUUUUGUUUUUUUUUUACAUUUUUACAUCACACGUCACGUGACAACCAGUCGGAAUAAAAGUUCGUAAAUCCGGGAAUCCUGACUGCUCUGGAAGGCACCACCACUCAUCAGCCGCCCCCAGCUCUGCGGAAAGCCCCACGGCGCAGACCCCGAUCCAGCUCUCGAACCCCCGGCAUGGACGCCCUGAGGGAGGCGGGCAGAGCUCUGACCCGGAGGCCCAGUGCGGCCAAACAGCCGUGGAGCUCCGGCAGACACAGAAAGCUUCCAGAGAAUUGGACCGACACACGGGAGACCAUCUUGGAGGGGAUGACCUUUAACCUCCGUCACCUCGGCAUGACCCUUGUGGACCAGCCCAAAGGAGAAGAGCUGUCGGCUUCCGCCGUAAAAAGGAUUGUUGCUACGGCCAAAGCCAGUGGUAAAAAGCCCCAGAAGGUCUCUCUCAAGGUUUGUCCUCAGGGAAUCGUCUUGUACGACAGACCCACCAACCAGCUCCUGGAGAAGGUCUCCAUCUACAGAAUAUCCUACUGCACAGUGGACAAACUGCAUGGUAAAGUCUUUGCCUACAUCACACAGAAUGCCCUCAACGGGACGCUGGAAUGUCACGCCUACUUGUGCUCCAAGAGAAGAGAGGCGCAGGCGGUGGCGCUGACGGUCGCUCAGGCCUUCACCGUGGCUUUUGAGCUCUGGCAGGGGGCUAGAGAAGACAAAGGAAAAGGAGUGACGUCUGGUUCUGCUGGAGACACAAGCAGCAGCUCGGACAGGUCCAACAGCGUGGGGAGUCUCAGGGCAGCAGAUGUUGCCACGGAGAAGCUGUUGGAGCUGGGAGAUGGUGGGAAUAUGGGUGCAGAGAGGAAGGUGGAUCAGCCUCAGAACUGCAGCCCUCCUGAGACCCCCAACAACCCCUCUUUGGAAACAGAAGAUGGACUGGAUGAAGCUUUUUCCAGACUGGCAGUGUCGCGUACUAACCCUCAGGUCAUGGACGAUGGGGUAACCACUCAUGUCUGGCCGGCUGAAGCGGACAGUCUCCAUGGAAACAACCCACUGUAUUGGAUUUUAUAGAAAUAUAAUUAAACACAAUUAUUAUUUUAAUUUUUUACCCGGCAUCUUUACAAAUCAUUGCUGACAAUUGAGAUGUUCUGAGGAAUCAACCAGCCUUCUAUGGAUCAAAGUGUGUUUUCACAUCUAUGACAUGACGUGACUUUAUGGAGCAAUCAUUGGAACAUUUAUGGAGCAAUCAUUGGAGAAGGAGCUCUGGGGAUUCUGUUAAGGGCCAAAUAAAAGCAGUCUGAAGACUU